UUUCGUAACUAAAGCAAUCUUUGAUUGUUUUUUUUUUGAAGGCCCGAUACAACUAAGGACUUUCCUAGAUCAAGCUCCACUACUUAAAAGUGAAAGUAAGGAUGCAUUUCCUAAAAUUCCAUCAAUAAUAGAAGGACUUACUAAAUACUAAAUAGAAAACCAGACAUCAGAACCUUGCCUUUCGCUGAGAAAAAACUUGAGAGAUUUCUUAUUUAUGAAUACUUAAAAAAAUGUUUGGGCGCAAUUCCUCUUCGUACACGCAAGUGCAAAUGGUUGGACCUAACUUCAAAGUCGGCAGAAAUAUCGGUCAUGGCAAUUUUGGUAAAAUAAGAAUCGGAAAGAACCUUCACAAUAACGAGCCCGUCGGCAUCAAGCUGGAACCGUUAAAAAGCAAAAGCACACAAUUGCAGUCGGAGUUUAGGUUUUAUAUAAUCCUUGGCCAAGCAAAAGGACUUCCAAAGGUCUUCCAUCUCGGUACUUGCGGAGGUCGAUAUAACGCCAUGGUAAUGGAACUGCUUGGUCCCACUCUAGAAGACCUUUUUACCUUAUGCAGCAGAAAAUUUCGACUGAAAACCGUUUUAAUGAUAGCUGAUCAAUUACUAACUCGGAUUGAAUUUGUCCACUCAAAGAGGCUCAUUUAUAGAGAUAUAAAACCAGAAAAUUUUCUCAUUGGCCGAUCAAAAACUAAGAAAGAGAAAAUCAUCCAUAUUAUUGAUUUCGGUUUGGCUAAAGAGUAUAUUGAUCCGGAAACUGGGAAGCAUAUUCCAUACAAGGAACACAAGUCUUUGACCGGAACAGCCAGAUAUAUGAGCAUCAACACACAUUUAGGCAGAGAACAAUCUAGAAGAGACGAUUUGGAAGCCAUGGGUCACAUGUUUUUAUAUUUUCUUAGGGGGUCUUUACCUUGGCAAGGCUUGAAGGCUGAUACGCUUAAAGAACGUUAUCAAAAAAUAGGAGAUACUAAAAGGAGUACUACUAUUGAGUCACUCUGUGAAGGUCAGCCAGAAGAAAUAUCAACCUAUAUGAGAUACGUAAGAGGCCUCGAUUUCUUCGAAACUCCUGAUUAUGAUUAUUUGAGAAGGAUGUUUAGAGACCUCUACGUGAAAAAAGGCUAUCCUGACGAUGGUAUUUUCGAAUGGACGGGUAAAUUUCUCAAGUAAACUAACGCAUAAAGUGUCCUGGCUUAAUACCGAGGAACGUAAAGAAGUUCAUAA